GUUGAAGCCUCUAUUCCGUCAGACAUGCGCAAGAGCGUCAGCAGCAGCACAAUCGCCACCGCUGCGCCGCGUUUCCGCCUUGGCUGAAGCGGCGCACACGCAGCCGAGAAAGGGGAGGGGAGGGACGCCGAGAAGGGGAAAGAACGGGAGCCACCGAGACGCAGUGUAGUGGCAGGGGGGGCACGGCAACGGACCCACGAGCGAAAUUGCGCACACCAACACCCCUGCGGGGCCCCGGUCUCCCCCUCCUUCACCUCCUUCACCUCCCCUCCCAAAAAAGACACCAAAAGAAAUUUUACGCGCAAGAGGCGACCUGUGCGGUGCGCGUCAAAGCUUUUGCUUUUUUUUUCCAGCAUGGAGACUGCGCUAAAGAAAUAAAAUGUGAGAUUCACAGGGGGAAUCAGAAGAGAGAGAGCGCGUAUGUGUGCGUGUGAGUGAGAAGGAAAGUCGCUUUUAUCUUUUUUCCCCCCAUUUUUGCGGGUGAUUUCAAAUUCUGUGUUCUGCAGUCUGAGGGGAGGGAAAAAUGAAGAAGUUCAACAUCAGGAAGGUGCUGGACGGUUUGAAAGAGGUGUCCUCCUCCGCACCGUCUGUCCAAGUGGGGCCACAGGAGAACCAUCUGAUCCAGGAGACCCUCCAGUCCGAGCAUUUCCAGCUCUGCAAGACUGUCCGUCAUGGCUUCCCCUAUCAGCCGUCGUCCAUGGCUUUUGACCCCGUGCAGAAGAUACUGGCCAUUGGCACCCAGAGCGGAGCGCUGCGAUUGUUUGGUCGUCCCGGAGUGGAGUGUUACUGUCAGCAUGAGAGUGGAGCGGCCGUCAUCCAGCUACAGUUCCUCAUCAAUGAGGGAGCGCUGGUUAGUGCUUUGGCUGAUGACAGUGUCCACCUGUGGAACCUGAGGCAGAAGAGACCAGCCAUCCUCCACUCCCUUAAGUUCAACAGAGAGAGAAUAACUUUCUGCCACCUGCCCUUCCAGAGUAAAUGGUUGUACAUCGGCACAGAACGAGGAAACAUCCACAUUGUCAACGUGGAGUCCUUUAUGCUCUCAGGCUACGUCAUCAUGUGGAACAAAGCCAUUGAACUGUCCUCCAAGGCUCACCCAGGACCAGUUGUCCACAUAAGUGAUAACCCCAUGGAUGAGGGAAAGCUUAUAAUUGGAUUUGAGUCUGGGAUCGUGGUCCUGUGGGAUCUGAAAUCAAAGAAGGCAGACUAUCGCUACACUUAUGAUGAGGCUAUCCACUCAGUUGCCUGGCAUCACGAGGGCAAGCAGUUCAUUUGCAGUCACUCAGACGGAACUCUGACCAUAUGGAACAUCAGAGGCCAGGGCAAGCCCAUACAGACAAUCACACCGCACGGAAAACAGCCCAAGGACGGGAAGAAGCCAGAGCCUUGUAAACCCAUUCUUAAAGUGGAGUACAAAACAACCAGAAAUGGGGAACCCUUCAUAAUCUUGUCUGGUGGUCUGUCCUAUGACACGGUGGGCCGGCGGCCAUGUCUGACAGUAAUGCAUGGGAAGAGUACUGCUGUGCUGGAGAUGGAUUAUCCUAUAGUAGACUUCCUCACACUAUGUGAGACACCAUAUCCUAAUGAUUUUCAGGAACCUUACGCUGUGGUGGUCCUUCUAGAAAAGGAUUUAGUGGUGAUCGACCUUGCACAAAAUGGUUACCCCAUAUUCGAGAACCCCUAUCCUCUGACUAUCCAUGAGUCCCCUGUGACCUGCUGUGAGUACUUUGCCGACUGCCCUGUGGACCUCAUACCUGCACUUUACUCUGUUGGCUCGCGGCAGAAGCGACAGGGCUACAGCAAAAAGGAAUGGCCCAUUAGUGGUGGAAACUGGGGUCAAGGCACACAAAGCUACCCCGAGAUCAUCAUCACUGGGCAUGCUGAUGGGACUGUAAAGUUCUGGGAUGCCUCUGCAAUAAUGCUCCAGGUGCUCUAUAAGCUCAAAACAGCCAAGGUAUUUGACAGAAAUCGGUCUAAAGAGGACAAGGGCAGCACUGAGGCGUCGGACGACGACCCCUUUGCCAUUCAGAUAAUGGCCUGGUGCCCUGAGAGCCGGAUGCUCUGUGUGGCCGGCGUGUCAGCCAACGUUAUCCUCUACCGCUUCAGCAAACUGGAAGUAACUACUGAGGUGGUACAGCUACUAGAGGUGCGAAUGCAGUACGAGCUGAACGACAUAGAGUCUCCAGAUGGCGGGGGCGAACAGACGUCGGCGCUCCCCACCCCUGGCGCCUCCCCUCAGACGAGCGGCCCACCUUCGCACCCUUCCACCAGCAGCAACAACUCUGACGGAGGCAACAUUCCCUGCCUCAAAGUGCGCAGUGCUCCACUGAAGCAGUCUCCAGGUUACCAGGUAGAUUUGGUGGUCCAGUUAGUGUGGGUGAGCGGAGAGCCUCCUCAGCCCAUCACAAGUCUGGCGCUUAAUUCCUCCUACGGCCUAUUGGUGUUUGGCAACAGUAACGGUCUGGCGGUGGUGGACUACAUCCAGAAGACGGUCGUGCUCAACUUGGGUACGGUCGAGCUUUACGGCUCCAACGACCCCUAUCAGAGACAGCCCCGGUCGCCAAGAAAGACACGACAGCCUUCUGGAGGUCUGUGCGACAUCAACGAGGGCUCAGCCACAUCAGAGGACCGCUGCAAGUCGCCUACUUCAGUGCUGAUGUCAAACAGCAAUCUACAGCAAUUCUACAAUGGAGGUGGUAGAGGAGCAAAGAUGUCACGGAAAUUAAGCUUGCCUACUGAGCUAAAGCCAGACUUGGUCCUCCUGUCUGUAUGCCCGCCGCGGGGUGCCAACCCUUUAGACCACCGGGACAAUUCUUUCAGCCGCUCACGCUCCUCCAGCGUCACCAGCAUCGACAAAGAAGCCAAGGAAGCCAUCAGCUCCUUCCACUUCUGCGAGACCUUCGCCCGCAAGGGGGACAGCACUUUGACUCCCUGCUUGUAUGUCGGAACCUCCCUGGGAACUGUGCUUGUUCUAGCUCUUACAUUGCCACCUGCUGGGGAGCAGCGGCAACUGCAGCCAGUUCUCAUUUCACCGACAGGCAUGCUGAUACGGCUGAAGGGAAGCAUCUUGCGGAUGGCUUUCCUGGACUCCACAGGUUCACAGCUGCCUCCCGCGUACGAGCCUUGGUAUGAACCCAACGUCACAGCAGAUGGCGAAGAACGAGAGAAGGUCCGUAAGCGCCGGCCCGUCUCCGUGUCCCCGUCCAGCUCCCAGGACCUCAGCGAGAGCCAAUACGCCGUGGUGUGUUCAGAGAAACAGGCCAAAGUCAUCUCCCUCCCCUCCCAGACCUGCAUCUACAAACAUAGUAUCACAGAGACCUCCUUCAUCUUACGGGCAGAUGUGGUGCAGAUGAGCCAAGGCGUGUGCGUGGCUUGUUUCUGCGCCAACGGCCACAUUAUGACCCUCAGUGUGCCGGGACUGAGACCGCUCAUGGAUGUAAACUACCUACCUUUGACAGACAUGCGGAUAGCCAGGACGUUCUGCUUCACUAACCUGGGUCAGGCCAUGUACCUCUGUUCCCCCACUGAGGUCCAGAGGAUCACUUACAGUCAGGACACUUGUGAAAACCUACAGGAGAUGCUGGGUGAGCUAUUUACACCAGUGGAGACACCAGAGGCACCUAACAGAGGGUUCUUCAAAGGUCUCUUUGGAGGAGGAGCACAGUCACUGGAUAGAGAGGAGCUAUUUGGUGAGGUAACAGCUGGAAGGGCGUCACGAAGUCUGGCCCAGCACAUCCCUGGCCCGGGCGGCAUAGAGGGCAUGAAGGGGGCGGCAUCCGGCGUGGUGGGAGAUCUGGCACGUGCCCGGAUAGCACUGGAUGAAAGAGGCCAGAAGCUGGGCGAACUUGAGGAGAGAACAGCUGCCAUGAUGGCCAGCGCCGAUUCGUUUUCCAAACACGCCCACGAGAUGAUGCUGAAGUGCAAAGACAAAAAGUGGUACCAGUUCUGAUCGGUGACAGAGGAGGAGUGGAGCUCUGCGGACGCGACUGUCUGACUGACCCUCCAUCCAUCAGCCCAUCUGGACUCACCGUGAACCCCCCAAACCCAUCCGUCUGUCCGUCCAUCCGUCCCUCCAAGCCUUCUUCACUGAGACACUUGGGAUUUUACUCCCCAGCACAAUGUCGAAUACUGUUCUUACUCAGUCUUAGGGAGGAACAGAGGGGUAGACAGGGGAGAGGGACAACCUCAGAGGGAAUAGGUGAAUGGUAUCUUUUUUUCUUUCUCUUUUUUUGUUCUUGUCUCCGUUUGUUUAUCUCUGUUCAGCCUCUCCUCCGAGGUAGCCGAUUGGUCCACGCACCUGGAGAUCCUUCGUUUGCCAAAUAAUGUUCUUAACUGUCGUCUCCACUCUGUACCCUCGUGGCCAAUAUUCAAAGCGACAAACACAGCUGAAAAAAGGACAAAUAUCUUAACGAAGAAACAAAGACUACAAAAAGAUUAUUCAAAUGUAAAAAGCAAGAAAAAGAAUCUAAAUACAUCAUUAUAUAUACAUAGAUCUAAUAAAUGUGCAAUGCUGUAUCCACUUCCGAGUGACUGGUACGAAAGAAAGGAAAUCGAGGAGCUGGGUGUAAAAAUGAAAAAAAAAAAAAAUGAAAAAAAAGGUGAUGGAGGCGGCGUUGGAGAGCCAUAAGGAAGUGCUGGGACAGUUAAGCCUCCUCUAUGCAGACAGUUACAAGGAUAAAAAGCAACUCAUUCUGAUGUACACUGGAUAUUUCGUCAUCUUUCUCAAUCUCUAGACUCUCCUCUGUAUCUGACAGACUUUCAUAUUGUUACCAACAGUGUAUGUGUGUGUGUGAGUAUGUAUGUGUGUGUGUGUGUGUGUGUGUGUGUGUGUGUGGGCACGAGUGUGUAUGUGAGACUGUGCGUUACUUUCAAUUUUCUUGCCAUUCCUCGAUUUGUUAUUCGUUUUUUGCUCCGUCUGUAUUAUUGGAAAAUCUCUUAUUUUUCUAUCGUUGUGAAAGUGGGCGCUAUUUGUUUGGUUUGUUGAAAAAAAAAACUUAAUUAUAACACAUUUUGUGACUUGUCUAAAACUUAAUUUUCCUUAUGAAAAGGGCUGGAAUCUAUAAAGGAGGGCAAGGAUAUAAAGGCAUAUAUCAUUUAGGACUCACUCACACGGCGACAUCGGAUUUCUUGAUCCUUAAAGCGACGCCACACAUUUAUCGUUUUCCCUGAGGAUUUCAUUUUUUAACUCUGAUGUCAUAAGCUUCCGCAGUUUGACUCAGUCUGCGAGUAUGACUGUAUAAAUCCCGAUGAGAUCCACACGAAAUACACUUCCAGUCUAGCCGGAUUUGUUGGGGUUUUGGAAGUUUCCAAAUUCUGCCGCACACAUCACUAUGAGAUGACAAAAAGUAUUCAUAUAUGCAGGAUAACAGAAAAAUGGAAUCUUUUACACUUUCUUUGAUGACAGUUGUCAGCGUGAGAAGAUUGUCCUGUGCGAUUCCUUCGUUGCUGUUUGUUUAUUUAUCGAGGUGCAAGAGACAGUCGUGUUUGGUGUUCGAAACAUUCGCCAUCGUUACUACCUUGUUUCUAUUUCCAUGUUUGCAGUGAAGCUCAAAUGUGGUGUUUUCUCCCGUCUACCAGGCUUCUAACCUUUAUUUGUAUAUAAGUAAAUAGUUUGACAAUCUAUGACCAACUGGAAAGUAAACGUAAAAGUUCACAAAAAAAAAAAAAAAGAGGAGACAGGCCAUAUUUUUUCUGACGCCAAAGAGUUGCUUUAGCUUUUCCAUUGCAUUAUCAUUUUGGCCGUGGAUUCUUGGAAACCAGACAGUGCACAGUGACGUGUGUGAUGCAGUGUAGUGCAGACCCAGCAUCAGGCCUGUUUAGAAAAUAUCGUCACCUUCACCACUUUGCAGGAUUCAAGAGAUGGGAAGUUGCAACGGAGCUCACCCAUUUAUUGUAAGAUAUUGCGUAAAAUGUAACGAUUAAGGUGUUGAAAGCUGCUAAGCUGUUGGUUGAUAUGACGGUUUCAGGAAAACAAAACCAUCCCACUUACACUUCGCACAAUAUUUAUGGCAUUCAUCUUAUGUGUGUGUGUGUGUUUUGUAUGUCUGUCUGUUUGUGUGUAAGGAGUGUGUCCAUGGAAAUUCUAUAAUUUACAGUAUUCUGUUCUGGUUGUUUCCUUAUUACUGUGUCCUGUCAGGAGUUUGUGUCCAGUUCAGUGUCUGUUCGAUUAAGCGAAGAAGCCACCAACAAAGGUUAAAAAGAUAACAAAAGGUUAAAGAGGAACACCGGAGGAUGACUUUCUGGAUUCUGUUUUCAUGUUCAGUCUUUGCACACAUGCCGAGACUUUUUCAGUGUUUGCCUUUGUCCUCUGAAUUCCUCCAGUGAGUCUCCACUGACUCCUUUCGGUUCCACAGCUACAGAUUUGGCCUUUUCGGUGUUUAGUAAGCAUUGUAGUGUGAAUGUUGGCAGGUAGCUCUGUCUUUUUCAUCCCCAAGGUGAAGAAGAAAAAAAAAACCUUCAGGAAAAUCUUUUAGCGAUAAGUCAUCCCAAGAAGAUGCUGUUUAACGUCUUUCCCUUUGACCCAACUGUCGCUGUGUUUGUGUCUUUAUUUUUACAAUGUUGUUUCUUUAUUGUUUUCUCUCCAUCUAUGAGUGAUUUGUUUCUUGUCCACGCACUACAGUAUGCAGUAUUCUUCCCCGAAACGAUCCACACGCUCAAACAAUAAGAGGGAGUCCUGUCUAUCUGCCAUAUGCCAUCUUCUGUCCUGGAUUCAACAGUUAUCAGUGGGUUGCAGUAUUUUUCUCAUUGUAGCCAAUUUUCUUGUACAGUUUUAUGCAACUUUCACAUGGAUGUUUAUGACUUUAUCUGCUGCCACAAAAAUUUAGAAAUUCUGUAGAUAGAGAUUACUGUGCAAUGGAAAAUAAAAGUGGAAAAUGUA